AUGUCGACAGUGCUGCCGAGGGCGGCACUUGAGGAAGCGGCCGACGACCGCGAGCAACCCUCUUCCCAAGCAGAUCCAGUAGCAACCGUCCACAAGAGGCAAGUCAAGAAGCGCAGACGUCGAAAUCCUUCUGAUCCUUCCGAGGAGGAGCAGCGCAGCUCGCAAAAUGGUACACAAGUCAAGCCCAGCACAGAAGUGUCUCGAGCGGACUCUCUGGGCGGUGCGCUGACCAGAGCGUUAGUAGGGACGCUUGCAUUUGUGUUCAGAGCGCCGGUCAGGCUGUUUAGACCCGUGAAGCUCAGCUCUUGGUCUUUACUGGAGGCCAUGGCCAAGAGGGAUGGGAAAAGUCUGUCGCUGCGAUAUAUGAGGCAAAUCAUCAAAAGAGAAAAGGUGAGCGCGGUCAUUGACACGAACAGAGCAGGCCAUGGCAAGCAUCGCAACAGCAGCACUCGGCAACAGGUGGCAUCCUGCAACAUCUUGUCUAAAAGCCUCAGAAAAGGCCCUCACCGAAAGGCGGACAGGAAGUCUCGCGCUCGCUCACUUUGCAUCUCGUCUUUGGCUUCCUGUGCAGGCAUCUUUUCUACCGCAUCUCCUCAUCCCUCCAUUACUAGCCAAUACCGCUGUAGGCUUCGCUCUCUUCGAAGCAUACACACUCACCGAGCAGAGCCUGCUCGACAGGAGACUAAAGAAGAUCUCCGAAAGGGCGGAUCGGCCGGCAAAGCGACCCGAAUUCACCCCCCUUCACAUCGUCUUCUCGAGUGGGUUCGUAGCGGGAGCUGCUCAAUGCGUGGUGAGCGCCCCACUAGACAAUGUCCGACUGGUGCUCUCAUCCAGACGAAAACAACAUGGCCUGGACGCGCAUCGGCCUCACCUGAUAAGGUGGAGAGACGUGGCUCGAGCUGCUGUCCUUCCUUUUGCCCCGGCCACGACGCACGAGCGGCUGGUCAACCGAGUCAAGGGUAUGGGCAGCAGCGCUAACGGAACUUCGAGAGGGAAUUCUUCUCAAGUCUGGUCCGCGGAGAAUAGAAAGGAGUUGGAGAAGACUCUCAGACGUUGGAGGGGCGGAGUGCACGGAGCUGGACUGAUUCUCUCACUCGCUCGAGACUCCGUCGGCUUUGCUGCCUUCUUCACCGUCUUUGAGGUCUCGCGACGAUUGGCACAUCGAAUAUCGAGGUCCAUCGAUCGUAGUAUCGCAUGUUUCAAUGCAUCUUCUGCGUUGCCUAGCUCGGCUGGCGUUGAAGUUGCUUCGACCGGUGAUACUAGGACGCCCUCCAACCAUGCCUCUCAAGACGUUUCUUACUCGGGAUCGAGGACAAAGACGGGCCGCAUUGUAGCUGCGUUCAUCCUCAUCGUCGGUGGUGCAGUAGGCGCCGCUCUUUACGAGCUGGUCGGAAGACCUGCCGAGCUGAUGCGUCUCGUUGUGUGGGAAGGGCGCAAGGCUUGGGAAGAAGGUAGAAGGAGCCGUAAAAAAGGCAGCGGGACAACACAUAGAGGGGCUUCAAAUCUUUCCAAGAGACGCACAGGAGCUCAACUUGGCGGACGGAGCAAAAUCGUCGGCGGUCGAAGACUUGCAAAUCGCUUACAGGAAGAAGUUUCGAGGGUGACACGGACAGGUGGGAGACUAUCCAGCUAUCUGGAUCUAAGAAGAAGAAACUCCGCUGGUGUGAGCGCCAGCCGCGUGUUUGCGUCUCGACUGCUGAGCCGACCCGCUCGAGUCAAAGGACGCCGGACGAAAAAUGCGAGCUUGACCAAUCAAGUUUCGGAUGGGAACAUUUGGCGACCCAAAGCGCCAAUGGUCGCAGACCAUUCACAUGGCCGUCGGCGUCCUGCUUCGUCCAUGCCGAAGAACCUGAACCGCCUCGCCAUCAAACCAAGACCUGCGCGGCCUUUGCAUCAAGCACCUCCGCCCCUUUCAACUCGUCCCACAGCAAUGUCUCUGCUGGUAGAGCACGCGGAGCGCACAAGUAUCCUAAAGUACACCUCGUCUCAUCGCUCCAGCACGACGCCCGUGCCGGUGCCCAUCUUGCUUUUGCACACAUACUUCAUCGCGCCUUUUCUCGCACUCUCGUCGCCGUCCACUACCGGCAGCGCACCUUUGCAAUCGCGAUUAGGCACAGACACAUUGUCAAAGCGCACGUCCGCUUCUAGACGCGCUCCUGUGGGCACGUCUAGAGAAAGAGCGCCGGAGAGAGCUGUGAGGGAAAGGUGGACGUUGAAAAAUCCGGUUGUUGCCGCUCCUGGGAGUCUCAAGAGCGCAGUGACUGCCAGGAGCUGGGGUUCUGGACGCGUGGCUUGGGCUCUAAGAAGAGUGAGUGCACCGCCGUUACGAGACCGUUGCGGUGAUUGACGCCUUCAUAUCAUUGCAUCCCUCGCCGCCGGCAUUUUUGCUUCCUCCAGCUCGCUACACCGUGAGUGGAUAUUGACGUGCAAUGCCCCUUUCCAAAGCCUGGCUGAGCAACGACCUCUCUCUCUCUCUCUCUCUCUCUCUCUCUCUCAGAUAUGGCAUUGGCUUUCUCGCCUGGGCUUACGUCAGUGGAGAUAUUUGA